UUGUUUGUAUUUGCAGGCCCGUUUAACACUCGCGUCUAUUUGCUCACCAACGUCGUUUGAUAGAUUGGACUUUCAAUGUUUGUCUCGAGGUUAACCCAAGCGGGGCAUAGAUGCGUUGUUGUUAAUAAUAUGGCUUACAGAUGAAUCAUAGGAACAGAAGUCCUAUUUUUGCAAUUAUGUCUCAGUAGGUUUUGGGUCCUGAAGAGUCGGGAAAGAUAAAUGGCUUCAAUUCCGGAUCCUUCUUUCCAGCGUUUAAUUUCAUGCCUUGAGGAAAUCCGAGGCAAAUUGGAAAACAGCAAAGAUGACUUCAGGUUUUUAAGCAGUUACUUCCACAGUCAGGAGUUUAAAAACUUGUUUAAGGUGCACACAUCGGUAUCGACGAAAGACAUCUACCGGAAUACAAUUGAGAGAGAAAAUGCGAGCGAAAUGGCCACCCAGGUUUUAGAUACGCUUGGUAACCUGGCGCAGCCGGAUGAGGAGGCGUGUGAGUUAGCUCAGUUGCUAAGCAACGUGCACAUUCAGGGGAUGCUGUCAGCUUAUGACAGAGUUGCAGAAAUAGACGUAUCACAGCAAAAUCAGGAAUCGGGAACAGUAAUUGGCGACGGAGGACAGAGGAAUGAGAACGGCUAUAAGGGCAGUGACUCAGACUUGGAGCUCGCAGUAAAAUAUGUUCGUCUUAUCAAAAGUGGUAAAGAGCCGCUAGGCGCGACCGUAAAAUGCGACGAGGACACGGGUGACAUCGUGGUUGCUAGGAUUCUGCGAGACGGGAUGGUGGACCGCAGUGGAACACUUGGUGUUGGCGAUGUCAUACAGGAAAUUAACAAUCAAAGCGUCAUCGGCAAAACAGCGAAUGAAGUGGUGGAAAUAAUGGAAAGACUCUCCGGGUCUGUGCUAUUCAAAGUCAUACCAAUGAAAGCUGUCGAUAGAAAAUCAACGGCAGACACUAAGGUGCGUCUUCGCGCUUUGUUUAACUACGACCCUGCGAACGACGACUUGAUCCCGUGUAAAGAGGCGGGGCUUCCACUUGUUAAGGGGGACAUAUUACAAGUCGUGAGCAGAGAGGACCCCAAUUGGUGGCAGGCAAGGAAGGAAGACGACGUUAAUAACACCAUAGGCUUGGUACCGAGCAAGCAAUUCCAAGAAAAGCGAUUUCUAUUUGAUCGACUGUUCGCAGAAACAGAAAACCAUAAACAUAGCAGCGGUGGUGUCAAUCAUGUUAAAAACUUCAGAUGGAGGAAGAGAAAAAAGAAAGAGCAUAAAUUAUCGGACGCUCAAAAGGAUGAAACAGAUGGCGACAAAGCACUAACGUAUGAGGAAGUGACAAUGUUUUCUCCAGUCAACGAUAAACACCGGCUGGUAAUAUUGAUUGGGCCGCCAGGAGUAGGGAGGAAUGAAUUGAAGAAAAGACUGCUUGCUUGUGACAACGAGCUAUAUACAACGGCCGUACCGCAUACCUCUCGGAGGAUGCGUCCAUACGAGGCAAACGGUCGAGAGUAUUACUUCGUGUCACGCACUACCAUGGAAAACUACGCACAAAAUAGCAAGUUCAUCGAGUACGGCGAGUUCCGAAAGUGCCUGUACGGGACGUCAGUAGACUCUAUCAAAAGAGUAAUUCGCACUGGAAAGAUGUGCAUCCUAAAAGUUCAACCCAAGGCGGCCAAGAUUUUACGUCGCAAGGAAUACAAGCCAUACUUUGUGUAUAUCAAGCCACCUUCACUAGAAACACUCCGCAGUACACGAGUCACUGUCAAGAAUAAAUCGGAUAGGCGCAAAGGGAUGCGAUAUUUCAAGGAUGAAGACCUUCACGAUAUGAUUAAAGCAGGAGAAGUUCUGGAACAGGAGUAUGGCCACGUGUUCGACCUGACUAUUGUGAACGACGACCUCGAUAACGCUUUCAACCAGCUUCGGAACGCCUUGAACAGAGUCGCAACACAGCCCAUGUGGGUGCCAAUAGAAUGGACGCAGUAACGCACGCGCACAAAGCUAUGUUUAACCUGACGACGACCUCGAUAUCGUUCGAAACGCCUUCGUACAGUCGUAACCUGAACCAUGUGGGUGCCAAUAGAAUAAACGCAUUAGAGCAGGCGCAUUAAGCUAUGAUUGAACUGACUGUUAUGAACGGCGACCUCAAUACCCUUUGAAAAGCCUUCAACAGUUGUAACCCAAACGAUGUGGGUACCAAUGGACGCGGUAAAGCAAAAAAAAAAAAACUUUACUUUUACGAGUGCUGGUGCAAUAACGAAUGCGCACGCACCACAGCAUCAUCAUUGCAACAUAAAACACCCACUGCGGA